GUAGCAGCAAGGACUCCGAGUCAAGAGUAGGAUUGUAGGAUUGGAUCUGAGUGGGAACAAGAGUGAGCCGGCCUGAGAGAGGAGCAGACCCCUCCCAGCACCCUCAGGCCACCCAGUGCCAGUAAUCUUCGAGCCAGACUUCUUGAGAGGAGACGGGACAGCCAACCCUAGCCUACCCAGCUCGAGGAUGGCGUCCUCUCUGCUUGAGGAAGAAGCUCACUAUGGCUCCAGUCCCCUGGCCAUGCUGACGGCAGCCUGCAGCAAAUUUGGCAGCUCCAGCCCUCUGCGGGACUCGACAACCCUGGGGAAAGGAGGCACAAAGAAGCCAUACGCUGACCUUUCGGUCCCCAAAACCAUGGGGGACGCCUACCCAGCUCCCUUCUCAAGCACCAAUGGACUCCUCUCCCCGGCAGGCAGUCCUCCGGCCCCAGCCUCUGGCUAUGCAAAUGACUACCCACCCUUCCCCCACUCUUUUCCUGGGCCCACUGGUGCCCAAGACCCUGGGCUCCUAGUGCCCAAGGGGCACAGCUCGUCUGACUGCCUGCCUAGUGUCUACACUUCUCUGGAUAUGACUCAUCCCUAUGGCUCCUGGUACAAGGCAGGCAUCCACGCAGGCAUCUCACCAGGUCCAGGCAACACACCUACUCCUUGGUGGGACAUGCACCCUGGGGGCAACUGGCUAGGUGGUGGGCAGGGCCAGGGUGAUGGGCUGCAAGGGACACUGUCCACAGGCCCUGCCCAGCCUCCACUGAACCCCCAGCUGCCUACUUACCCAUCUGACUUUGCCCCCCUUAACCCAGCUCCCUACCCAGCGCCCCACCUCUUGCAACCGGGGCCCCAGCAUGUCCUACCCCAAGAUGUCUAUAAGCCCAAGGCGGUUGGCAAUAGUGGGCAACUGGAGGGGAGUGGUGCAGGCAAACCCCCGCGGGGUGCUGGCACAGGGGGCAGUGGUGGAUAUGCGGGCAGUGGGGCAGGGCGUUCUACCUGCGACUGCCCCAACUGUCAGGAGCUAGAGCGGCUCGGGGCAGCAGCGGCUGGGUUGAGGAAGAAGCCCAUUCACAGCUGCCACAUCCCUGGGUGCGGCAAGGUGUACGGCAAGGCUUCCCAUCUGAAAGCCCACUUGCGCUGGCACACUGGCGAGAGGCCUUUCGUCUGCAACUGGCUUUUCUGCGGCAAAAGGUUCACUCGCUCCGACGAGCUGGAGCGCCACGUGCGCACUCACACCCGGGAAAAGAAGUUCACCUGCCUGCUCUGCUCCAAGCGCUUUACCAGAAGCGACCACUUGAGCAAACAUCAGCGCACCCACGGGGAGCCAGGCCCGGGACCGCCCCCAAGUGGCCCUAAGGAGCUGGGGGAGGGUCGCAGCGUCGGGGAAGAAGAAGCCAAUCAGCCGCCCCGAUCUUCCACCUCGCCUGCACCCCCAGAAAAAGCCCAUGGAGGCAGCCCAGAGCAGAGCAACCUGCUAGAGAUCUGAGCUGGGCAGAAGAAGGUCGCCAGCUCCAGGGUCCUCCUGCCAGGCUCUCUUGGUGCGGUGGACCCACUGGUUGCCCCUCGCUCUCUCCUAUUGCAUGCUAUACUCUGGGGGCUCUCUUUGUUCCCCUAGGCUAUCUCCUUGCAUGUCUCCUCAACUCCUCUCUGUCGUGAGUCUUAGCCAAACUUCUCUCAGGCCUUUGACAGUGCCUAGUUCCUAUGCUCCGACCUCCUGAACUUUUCUUCUCUGCCCCUGUUCUUCACAGCUUCCAUCUGGCCUCACAUCAUUUUCUUAUUAACUCGUUGCCAUCUAAUCUUUUGUUUCCCAAUCCUGUUUGCCAUUUUCCCGAAGCUUCCAGGCUGUCGCCUCGAUUCCCCUCUGCUUUCCAUUCCCCUGAGCUUUGUUUUUUCUUCUUUUAAACCAACACGAUGAUGAUGAUGAUGAUGAUGAUGAUGAUGAUGAUAAUUUAUUGCCCCCUGGUGGUUCUUCAUUAGGAACCAGAGUUGAGGAGAUUGGUGUUAGUAACCUGGCCAGGAGCAGAGUGCCAAGAAGGGGGAAGCCCAAUGGGGAUCUGAUCCCAAAGAUGGGGUGACCCCAGGGUCAGGGAGGCUGCCCCCAGCCUUGAGUACUUAACCCCUAUGCACCAGGAGUAAAGAAUAGUAAUAGUAAUAAUAAUUCUAUUUAUCUAAGUUAUGAUGACGGGUCAGGUACAGUGAG